UCGGCGCUGGGCAUCCUGGCGCAUCAGCACCAUGAAAUCAGGCCUCCUCCUCCUCCUUGGGCUCCUCGCCCUCUGGGCUGAGCUGCCGCCUGCCUCUGGGCAGCUCCGUCAAGCGAACGCGAUCUGCAGUCUCCCUGCGGAUCCCGGCCCGUGUGAAGCCUACAUGCCCAGCUACUUCUACAACUCGGCCACCCAGAGGUGUGAGCAGUUCAUUUAUGGCGGCUGCCGGGGCAAUGGGAACAGGUUUCCCAAUGUGGACGAAUGUCUCAAGACCUGUGGAAACUCAGCAGCUGCUGCAACGCUUCAAGGGCAAAUACUGGUGAACACGUCUGGUGAAGCCACUUUUCACUCGUUGCUCAGCUCCAGCAUGUCCUAUGCAGCACAGCGUUCUGCUGUCAACACAGUGAAAAGAGGCGAGUGCCCUGCUCCCAUCAAGGCGGGGGCUGCGAACUGCAAUAACUUCUGCUCCACGGACGCUGACUGCCCCGGAUCUGAGCGCUGCUGCAGUAACGGCUGCGGGAGGGAGUGCAGACUCCCCAUAGGAGUAAACCCAGGGUACUGCCCGAAGUUCAACUCCGACAUGAUUACAAUCUGCCUUGUGCAAUGCAGCAAUGACAAGGAAUGUGGAGCUGGCAGCAAGUGCUGCAGCCUGGGAUGCCAUGUGCAGUGCGCACCGGCAGUGCCAGCCAAACCCGGCAUCUGCCCCAAGAGGACAGUGCUGCAGACGUUCGCUCCAUGCGAGAAUAAGUGCAGCGACGACAGGGUCUGUCCCAACAGGCAGAAAUGCUGCUUUACUGGCUGUGGCCUCAGCUGUCUGGCUCCUGUAACAGGUGACAUUUGCCGACUCCCGCCUAAGACGGGCCCUUGCAAGCGAUACAUCCCUCGCUUCUUCUACCACCCGGCCUCCAGGACAUGCAAAAGGUUCAUCUACGGCGGCUGCCAGGGCAACGGGAACAACUUUAGAACUCUCCAGGAGUGCCAGCGGGCCUGCAGGAAACGCGGGCCGACCAGAGAGAGAGACCGGGACGAGCCGAGAGCGUGACAGCAGGGCCUGUGGGGGGAUGGGACAGGAUCCGCCAAUCCGGUCCCCACCUGACACCCACCCCCAGUCGCCCGUGGGCCUGAUCUCGCCCCGCACGUGGCUUGUGUAAUAAAGAGCUCAGCUCAGCUGGCCUCCCUGUGA